UGGUCAGUGUUCGUGGUGAGAAGUUGGCGAGAUCGGCUCUAAAAAUGGGAAAGAUUUGUUUUAACUUCAUAAUACUUCUUCUGAUUAUUGGAAGCUGCCACGCUGAAACAGUAAAGUUCAAAAAUGGUGUUUUGAAAAUAUUCGACAUAAAUAUUCGAAACAAAGCCGAUGUCCAGAAGCUGUCGAAAUAUUCCAAUUACACGAGCAUUCAAUUCGAGAGAUCUCAAAUUGGAACAAUGACGGCUGAGAUGCUGCAGCAGUUGAACGGAGCAGUGAAUAUCAGCUUGAUCAGUGUUGAUCUGAAUGUGUUUCAGAUUUUGCCACAGUUUAGAAGGAUAUCUCUGCUGUACAACAAAAAUGUUACCGUUGAAGUUGAUACGACAGCUGAAAAUAAUCUGCAGGAGUUGGAGAUUCGAUACGCAAGCUACAAAAAGCUUCCGGAAAAGCUCAGAUGUUUGGAAAAUCUUGAAGUACUGGAUCUUCGUCACAACCAAAUACUUUACGUGAAUUUAGACGAACUAAGUGGCAUGAGGAAACUUCGAUUGCUAAAUCUUAAUCAUAACAAAAUUAUUGAGUUUGAUAGUUUUCUUCAUAAAACAAUAAAUCUGGAAGGUUUGGAAACAUUGUUCAUUCACAGCAAUCAAUUAGUGGAAGUUAAUUUCAAACAUUGGAACGCAACUUCACUCAGGCACAUCGAUUUACAAGACAACAAACUUUCUGUCGUUUUAUCACUGCUGACAUCCGUUCCGGCGCUUGAAAUAGUUAAUUUAAACGAUAAUCCACUCGAUUGCGAUUGGAAGGCCUUUAUGUUGAAGGAAGCAUCUGUCAGAAAAGUGGCAACUCCUAGCUUAAGAGCUACAAAUUGCACUUCCAAUAACGAUAAAAUGAAGCCCAGUGUACCGCACGAAGUGCUAGAAUAUGAAACAUUCAAAAUCAAUGGCAUUUUGAAGAAAGAGAUUUUUCCUGCAAUUGGCAAGCUUAACAUUUCAGUGAAUCAAAACAUCAGGGACAAAAUGAUCAAAGUGCAGAACGAAAGUAAUAAAAUUUCAUCCAAAAUUCUGCAAAUUGAAAACGAAGCUGCACUGAAAAAUACACAGUUACAACUUAUGAUAGAGAACUUGUCUGAUUUAUUUUAUCGUUUCGUUUUAAAACAAAAUGAUCUUCAGAAAGCAAAAGGUAUCGAAUCUGAAGAAGGUAACACAAUUGAGCAAGGGCUAAGUAUUGAACAAAAAUUGGCCCAAAUCCGUAAAAUUUUGGAAUCUAAUUAAA